GGCUUUCUUAACCGGUUCAAAACCUGAAUUGAGCUCACGCGGCCAUCAUUUCUUGCUCGAGAAGAUUGAUCGAGAGAGAUGAGCACCGAUGGCGGCGCCGCCGGUGCCGGCAGUGACGCUCCGUCAGUCCCAGCCAAUAUGACAAUCUACAUCAACAAUCUCAACGAGAAGAUUAAACUAGACGAACUCAAGAAGUCCUUGCGCGCAGUUUUUUCUCAAUUUGGCAAGAUAUUAGAGGUCCUUGCUUUUAAGACAUUGAAACACAAGGGACAGGCAUGGGUAAUCUUUGAGGAUGUAUCAUCAGCGACUGAGGCACUUAAAAGGAUGCAAGGAUUUCCAUUCUACGACAAGCCCAUGAGAAUUCAGUAUGCAAAGACCAAGUCCGACAUAAUUGCAAAGGCUGAUGGAACAUUUGUCCCUCGUGAAAGAAGGAAGAGACAUGAUGACAGAGCUGAAAGAAAGAAGCGUGACCCACACCAUGAUUCUAAGCAAGCUGGGGCAGGAUUGAAUUCUGCUUAUUCUGGUGCCUAUGGAGCUGUACCACCUCUUUCGCAGUUGCCCUAUGGCGGAGGGUCCAAGUCGAUGCUACCAGAAGCACCAGCCUUGCCAAACAACAUUCUCUUCGUUCAGAACCUUCCGCACGAGACUACCCCGAUGAUGCUGCAGAUGUUCUUCUGCCAGUAUCCGGGUUUCAAAGAGGUUAGGAUGGUCGAAGCAAAGCCAGGGAUCGCCUUUGUGGAGUAUGGAGACGAGAUGCAGUCGACAGUGGCAAUGCAAGGGCUUCAGGGUUUCAAGAUCACACAGAAUCCUAUGCUCAUCACCUAUGCCAAGAAGUAGACAUGUCUUUUUUCAACCAACUGGAGGUGUUCUCACCAGCGUCUGUAGCUGAGACGCCUGCUGUCCAGUUUGAGCAUAAUGAUUAGGUUAACUCUUGUUUCGUUUUCCACUUUGUAUCAACUUUAAUUGUGGUUAAUGCUGAUGUACAAUUGACUUGUAGGGGUGUUUAAUCUGUCUACCAAAAUCUGUUAAACUCU